AUGUCCAACCAUUCGACAUUGGGCACCAUCAACUCACUCCUGAUAUAUGCAGCUCGUGCUGCGGGAUCUUCGGGUGCUCAACAAAAUUCGGCCAUGUUGGGAGCUGCGGGAUCGGGUGGUGGUGGUGGAGGAGGAUUCGUCCUUCCGUUCAGUGAACUCUCAUCAUCAUCGGUCGCUAGUAGUGCUGCCACCAAUAAUCAAGUUCUACAUUAUGGCGAUGUGCUUUCCUUGGUGUAUGAAGAUGAAAAAUCUCACAUUUCAGUUCGUGGAUUAAAUCCCAUUCGAUGUGGAUGUGUCAAUUUUCAGGAAAGUUACAAAACACCUCUCAAGGAAUCCUUGUUCAUGGUCAUGAAAGGAGGUUCCUAUUCGGCAUUGAAACGAUACAAUGAAUUUAUGGAAACGAAAUCAGGCACAACAACGGGAAUACAUGAACUUAUUGCUUCCUCGAGGAGAUCUUCCGCUCGAUUCGGACGAAAUGUGGCUGCCAUGGUCAAUAACAAUGCAGAAAAGAGUUUGGAAUCGAAACGACUCAAAAACAAGAUGCAACGUGAGGAACAACAAAACAAAAUUGAAGCCCAAAGAGAACUCGGAAAAGUUGUCACUUAUGGCGCUAGAAUACAGCUCUUGCAUUUGGAAACUCAGGAAUAUUUGACAGUCCUUCGAACAAAUGCAGAGCUUGAAAAAGCAUGCAUUGGACUUUCGUUAGCUAGUAGUGGGAGUAGAACCUUCUUUCAAAUUUUACCUCAUUUCAAAUUUAGAGAGGAAAAUGAACCUGUUCGCCUCUCUGACAAGAUCAUUUUAUUUAAUGAAAAAUCUAAGCAUACACUCCACUGUUCACAACUCGUGUACAAUAAGCCUGUCGUGAACAGAGACAAUAGAAAUGAAGUGAAUGCAACUGCAUCUAAUUCUUCUAAUGUGUGGAGAAUUAACCUUUUUUCCUCAUACUCUGUUCAUCUCUCCAAAACCUUGAUUAAGAUCGGUGACGUUAUUCGACUCUUCCACAAAGAUGCAGAAGGAUACAUUUUCCAACAUCAUGAAAAUAUCAAAUUGUUCACAGAUAAGAGCGCUCUUUCUUCCAUUUGCUCACUUUUUGAAAUUGAAAGUUCAGAUCGUUUUCGAGGAGGAUUUGUAAGAUACAAUGUACCUUUCAGGAUCAAACACUUACCAACAGGAUGUUAUUUAACAGUUCAAAAAGCCGAUGUCUUUGAUCCAAAGACUGACACUCCAAAUACAUCCGAUAGUGGUUCCCUUACUUCACGUGGAGUUGGUGGCUGGCUAAAAAUCAAGAAAGGUCUAAAGCAAGUAUUGAAACCUUCAUUGACAAAAGAGCCAACUGAUGACACACUCUUUACGUUCCAUUCGCCUGAAGUUGGAGCUUCUGAUGCUGUUGGAUAUGGCCAACCCAUUGAAAGGCGUAACUUGGUGAGAAUUCGUCACGUUAAAACAGAUACAUGGCUUCAUGCGGCGGAGAGAUCUACAAAGGAUAUUAUCACUUCACGAAGUGGUAGUAUGUUUCGGAGCGAUUCAAAGUCUUCGUCUCGAAGAGCUUCCAUGUCUCCAACCAUAGCCAUGUUGAAAGAUUCCUCGUUUUUUGUGGAUCUUUCGUUUGAAUACAGAAAAAAAGAAACCGAUGUCUUUUCUAUAAGCAUGUCUUCAGAGAAGGAAUUGAAGGAUUUUCAUGUGGUCAAUCAAGUGUUUAGAGUUAUUGGAAAUUUUAGAAAGAUGAUAAAAGAGUCAUCCACACAACAACCUCAACGAAGUGACAUUGAAUCCGUUUUGGAAAUGUUGCGAUUUGUCAUUCGAUUUUGUACGGAGAGUGGAGAACAAGAUGUCAUGAAAAGAGAAGGAAUACCAUAUCCUGAUCGACAAUCGGCUUUCAGAGAUAUUGGUCUCAUCGAUAUUAUCAUGAACAUCAUUCAAGAGUCAAUGAAUAUCUUUGGAAAAGAUGACAAAUGGGAUCAAUUGUAUCAAUAUAGCUUCCGUGCCAUUCGACAAAUUACUCUCUUGCACGUUUCCAAUAGUUUAUAUGUAUUCGAAAAGUAUUUUCACGAAUUGCAGAAUCAUAUUUUGGGAGAAUCUUCGAGUGUUGUUCUUCAUCCAGCAAAAGACUUUUCAACAACCAUUGGUCACACAAAUACACAACUUCUCAUUGGUAUGAUCAAGGAUAAUAUGGAGUUAUUGAACAGUAUUACUCAAAAACAAAUUGAAGGAUUUUUCAAGUUACUUGUGGAAAGUGAUCAAAGAAAUCCACUCUAUUUGGACUUGUUGAACAUUUUGUGCAAGUGUGAAGAGAGACCCAUUCAAAAGAAUCAAAACGAUUUAGUGUCACUUUUAAAAACAGCUCUCGAUAAUAAUUCAAAUCUCUUCAUCAUUCCAAGCAUUGAGAAGGAUGAACCUGUUGUCAAAAUGCCAUCCACAGGAGAAAUCAAAUCAUUGAAGAGUUUUAGCGAGACUGAACAUUUUAUUUACAUGCUCACCUCCAUCCGUUUCUUUGCUUCGUUAUGCUCGGGAAAAAACAGUCUCGCAAUUCCUUUCAUUCAACAAUUGUUUCCCUACGAUUUAGUUUUGAAAUGUAUACAGGACACGAAGGCGCCACUUUCGAUCCGAUCUGCCUUUGCAAAUCUCAUGGAAUACUUGUAUGUGGAUGCCAUUGGUAUCGAGGAACAACCUGCUAUCAAACUCACUCGAAAGUGGCUUGCCACAGGAGCCCAUAUCAAGUCGACUGCAUUCGAGGAAUACAGAGCUCGCCACAAGAAACUCAAAGACUUUAUUCAUGGCCACUUUUUCGUAGCAGGUAAUCGAAAACUUUCUCCACAAUCCGAUCAAACUUUCAAUUAUCAACUCAUUAAGAUUUGUUACAAAUUAUUCUUAUAUCGUGCCUAUAAUCCGUAUGGUGACGAUUUGGAACAGAAGAAACUCGAAAGUUAUCAGGACCAAGAAGAAAUUUCAGGUAUUGUCAACUCAUUACUCAAAAUGUUAAAUUCGAGCAAUGUUGGUGAGGAACACUUUAUUGAGUCUGAGAGCAAUAGAACCAUCAUCAAAAUUAAGAACAAAAUUAGUGACAUUAUUCUCUAUGUUUUAGAUAUGAGAAUUGACGUUCGUAUUUCAUUGUAUCUUGAUGUCUACAGUGCUAAAGAAAAAGACGUUGACAACACUUCAAAUUUGGACACUAUUCUCUCCAGAGUUGAAGAAAAAAGCAAAAAGAUUCCAUUCUUCCAGUUCGACUCAGAGGAGCACAACUUUGUUCCAGCCAUGCUUUCAUUGUUACAAUAUAAAAACAAUGAAACACCCAUUAAGGCUCUCAAAAUGUUAUUGCGAUCACACAUGCAAGAGAUUGAGUUGAAGAAUAAUUUGGAACGUCUCGUACUACUCACUUCUCCUAAACUUGUCCAAUCCUAUGAAACCAUUUUCAAUUACUAUAACAAGCUCAAUAACUUGGUUAACAAUGCCACAUUCUCUGGAAGCAAACAUGACUCAAAAGAAUACAAAGAAUUUAAGAGCACAGUGAACGGAAUUGUAUCCGAUGCCAAAAAGUAUGGACCUUCUGCUCAGAGUAUUUUGAGAAAUUUACAAAUUCAUGAACUCAUGAUCACCUGUCUCACAAAAACCUAUCCAGAAAAUAUCAAGUUCAAUAUUUUCCAAAAAGCAGUAUUGGUCUUGACUGAAUUUGUGAGAGGCAAUACAGAAAAUCAAGUCGAACUCUUCCCUCACAUUCAAUUCUUUAUCAAUAUAUUUUCAGAAAAACUGGACACCAGUGAAUUACUUUGCGAAAUCGUACGAGACAAUAGGGACCUUUUGAUGAAUAUCGAUGAAAAACUAGUUCACAAAUAUAUUGACAAGGUUGGAGAUCUUGGAAAGUUAUCGUGGCAUUUGAACUUUUUGAGAGUACUCACUCGAAUUGGUACUUCCAACAUUCAGAGAAAUCAGGACAUUAUUGCCAUUUAUUUGAGUACUGAACGCAAGGAUAUUAUUGUUUUAUUCAACGAUGAUGCAGGCAUUGAAGAGAGAAAGCAACGUAUUGAGAAUAAGGAAUACAAAGUAUCUGGUUCUCUCCUCAACUAUCACAUCAAUAUGCUCUAUCUCUUGUGUGAUUGUACUCUGGGUACUGUGAAAGAGGCUGAAGUGAAAAUUCAGUCCAUUCUUUCCUUUGAAGAUUGUCUCUCUUUGUUAAUCUCUGAAAAUUUGAUUCCACUUGUGAGAGAUCCACUCAUGUCACUAAUGAACGAACUCUAUAUUAACACGGAAAAGAAAUCAAACGAUGUCCUCACCAAUGCAUCUAUUUGGCGUCUCUUCAAGCGUAUUUCACAAGAAAUCAAAUAUUAUGUGAGUUGUAAAGGUAGAAAUACAUGCAAACUCGAAAGAGACAUUACCUACCAACUUCCACCUUUGAAGAACGAUCUUCCUCAAGAGGAUGACGACAUUGAAACUGAAUUCUAUGUGAGUGAAAAGUAUAUUUAUUCCAUUGUCGUUCCUCUUUUGAAAAAUUACUUUGCUAACUACUUUUCAAAAGAAUCUGCCUCGAAAGACUCUGCUGAGAAUAUUAGUGAAAUUAUCAGUGACAUUAUCACACAAUUAAUUGAACUCUACACGUUCACUGCCAAUCCCAAGUACAGAGAAGACAUCAGCAACUGUAUUUUGGAAAUUCGUUCAAGAGCUGCCUUACCUAUUUCCAUUGAAACGAAAUUUAAGGAGCUCAAGAAAAAUAGAGCCAUUACUAUUUUGCCUCCCAACUCGGUGAUCAAUCCUGCCCUUACUAUCAAUGCUGGCAAUGAAGACGCUAAACGAUUUAAGACAUUUAUUGAAACGUUACAUUUCCAGAGUAGUGAGGCCAUCUUCUCGAAACUUGCCAAAUCUUUUGUUGAACAAUAUGGAGGUCACUUCAAAUGUCUCAUUGAGGUUCUACAACGAAUUAUGUCCAUUGGUAUUUCCAAAGAUUUAGUUGAGACCUUUGUGGGUGCCGUUGAAACCAUCAAGUAUGCCAUUAAGGAUCAGAAACCUGAAUUUGUGGUUGACACUGGUAUUCCAGAGUUGGUAUUACAAUUACUUACUGCUGAAUAUGACAUUGUUUCACAUGCCCUUAAACUAUCUCAUGAAAUGUUAAAUUCGAUAGAGACUCGUAAAGUGGUGAAUACCAUUGUCAGCAGUGGAAGUUAUGAAUCAUUCUUUGUGGCUAUUAGAAAUCGAUUACGUCAAUCGACAUACGAAGUCAAGGAACACUUCUCCCUUCGAAAACGUAGUACCACUUCUUCCUCGUUUAGCAGUGGAAAAGACAAUAGUCAGGCAAAAGACGUGUUGCUUUUCCUCAAACUACUUUGUGAAGGUCACUUUUUACCAAAUCAACAAAUGUUGUAUAACCAACCUUUCAACUCUGUAUCUGUGAACUUGGUUUCAGAGUGUGUUGAAUAUGUCAUUAGCUUGUUCAAGUAUUUGAGUAAUGACAGUGUGGACAACUUCAUUCAGGCAUUCGAUACUCUCAAUGAAAUGAUCCAAGGACCAUGUAUUGAAACCUCCAUUGAAUUGGCCUCUUCUACAAGAUUCUUGACUGUGAUUAAUGAAAUUUUAGCGAGAAAAGUUCUAGAUCCUGAGGAUGGAGACAUCAUAGAUAUUCCUGAUGAUAAUAUUAUCCACAUUGAUGACGUAGAUUGUCAUUUAGAUGUAUUAGAUCAUGAACUUGAACUUUUAGAGAAAAUUAUCAUUCUUCUCACCAGUAUGCUCGAAGGUGGAAACAAAAUCUCAAAGAACUAUAUUAAGAAAACGAUUGACUUUAAAGCAUUGUGUAAGCUGAUGGUAAUCUUUAGAAAAGGCAAUGUGGCCUUCAAAAACAAGCUGGCUCGAAUUUUGACCAUUGAAAAAAAGCCAGAACGGCUCAAAGAAGCUCUCAGGAAAUCUCAAAAUAUUGGAAUUUCCAUUGUCAUUUUGCUUAAAUAUCUAGAUUUUGAUUUUUCAAUCAUUUCAUCGGAAUAUUUGGAUUCCAAUGAUAAGAGCAUUGAUCAAGUUGAUGAAACUGGUAAAGUAUGGCUCAAAUUCUACAACACAAAAGUUGGUACAAUUGAAGUUGUUCGUGAUAAUGUGUUGGAAAAGGUCCAUUUCAAGAUUUUGAAACGUUGCAGACAUUUACAAGAAACAACGAAAAACGAAUUUAUUGAGUCAUGUGACAGAAGUUCACCACAAACCAAAGUGAAAUCCCUCUUCGAUUGGACCUACCAAAUUGCUAGUGUGGAAAUGGGUCACUUGAAGAGGCUCAUGGAUAACCCGAACGGUUUCAAUGCACGUGGAUGGAAGCUUACUGAAAAGUAUUGGUAUCAUAUCCGACUUGGUGUCUUUUUGUUGGCCGUUCUUAUCAACAUUUUAGUCCUUGCGACUUAUACCAAACAAUUUGAUGUCGUUUCUGGUCCUGUGAUUGUACCAGGAGUGUCACUAGACUCUCAAAGUCCACUCUACAGAAACAAUUAUAAUUAUUUAGCUAUUGGAAUUAUUGUUGAAAUUUUAGGUUUGAUUUUACUAGGGUCAAAUAUUGGUCUUGCUGCCAUUUAUUUAUACUUCUUCCUUACGUUGAAUAUUAAGAAGAAGUUUAAACUGAAAAUGGAUGAAAAUUGGAGUGAUGUCACCAGAACGAAAGGUUUCAUUUACAAUGUUCUGCUUUAUGCUUUACAAGAUCUCUAUAUAUGGAGAAUUAUUUUAUUCUUCUGGGUCAUUUUGAUUGGAAUAUUUGUGACACCGCUUGCGUAUAUUGUAUUGACAUUUGAAAUUAUUGCUCUCUCACCUGAUGGAUUGCUGGACAUUAUUCUUGCGAUCGGUCAGAACUAUGAAAAGUUGUUCUACACUGCAGUUCUCACAUUAUUUGCUGUGUUGUUGCAUACCUUCUUGAUGUUUAGCUUCAAAUAUGACCAAUUCAAGUUCAACAACACCAUUGUGUGUACGGAAACUCUGACUUGUUUCAUGUCCAUUGUUAACUAUGGUUUGAGAGGUGGUGGUUUCUGGGAAGAUAUCACUGAUGCUUACCCUCUCGAUGUACCUCGUAUCUUUAUUGAUUUAUACUUUUCACUAUUGAUUAUCAUUCUCUUGGUGAACGUUGUGUUUGGUAUUGUGCUUGACAGUUUCAGCGAGAGAAGAGAAGAGAAAGCCGAAUUGGAACAAGAAAAGACUGGAUGUUGCUUUAUUUGUUCACACAAAAAGUCAAGAUUUGACGUUCGAGCCAAUGAAGGCAUUAGUUUCGAAGGUCACAUCAAACACGAACACAACAUGUGGAAUUAUGUCUUUUAUUUAAUUUAUUUAGAAAAUAAGGAUCCGAGUGAAUACACUGGAAUUGAACAAUACGUGGCAGAAUUGGCUAAAAAACAAUACAUUACCUUCUUCCCAACUCUUCGUUCCAUGACAUUGGAGAGAGCAGAAUCUGACGAAACGGUUGAACAAAAAGAAAAUGCCACUCUCAAAGAUCAAGCAUUCAAAAUUGAAAAUUUACAACAUGCAUUGCAACAUCACAAACGAUUCAGCUCUUACAUGAGUAAGGAUGACGAAAUUGUGAAUGCCUUGCUCGAUUCGAAAAACAUUGCUGCUCGAGCAGGUUCCUCUUCUGCAAGUAGUAGUGGUGGUGUUGGUGUUGGUGUGAAUGGUGUUGGUGUUGGCGCUCAUCGAACACUCGAUGAAUAUUCAAACUUGGAUUAUUUGUAA